UCUGUCCUGACCGCAUUGAGGUCUUAGUGUUCCUUUCUGUGCUACUUUCGCGCUUCAAAGUCAUCACCACUACUUGUCACUCGCUACCUUGUUCCUUCUUCCAUAGAAUGAUUUCCUCGUCGGACCACUCUGUUGCUGCCCACCUCCGCCUAUGUUGACGCUUCACUUGCGUUCGCUUGCCUCAGAGCUUGGACUGGCCUCUCGCCAUGGCGACAUCCAAUGGCCAGUCGUCGCGGGCUGGGUUGGUCUGGUCUGGUAUACGACCGUGACACUGGUCUGCUCGCUGGGGACUUACCAAAUAUGGAAGCACUGCCUCCAAAGACCCCGUAAAUCCACAUCCGCCACUACACCAGAUGCCCCUCACAUCACCGCAAUCCGACCGGUCAAGGGCCUCGAGCCUCAUCUUUACGAGUGUCUGGCCUCGACAUUCCGCCAGGACUACCCGCGCGACCGGCUGACCGUCUAUUUCUGCAUCUCGACAAAGAACGACCCUGCCUAUCCCACCCUCCAGAAACUAGUCGCUGAUUUCCCGCACGCCGACGCACGCGUCUAUGUUGAGGACGACGACCCGCUCCUUCAACCCGACCAUGUUCCCGCCUACGCGCUGGGCCCCAAUCCGAAGAUCCGGAAUAUGAGUCGUGCCUACCGCGAAGCCAAGGGGGAUAUCGUUUGGAUCAUCGACUGCAACGUCUGGGUCGGCAAGGGCGUGUGUGGCCGCAUGGUGGACAAACUGUGUGGGACGGGCGCGACGCCAGGCAGACGGUACAAAUUCGUCCAUCAUUUACCCGUGGCUGUGGACAUGACGGGCUCCGAAAGCUUGAGGGGGGAACAAGAGACACUGCUAGAGUCCUACACGAACGGGGAUGAUGCCAGCUGGGAACGCGGUGACGCCACAGCAACGGUCUUGGAGCACGGGACCGGGCCUCUGGCGACCGGGGGUGGACGUUUGGAGGAACUGUUCCUGUCCUCGUCGCACGCGAAGAUGUACACUGCCAUCAAUACCGUGCUCAUCGCCCCCUGUAUCGUGGGCAAGUCCAACAUGUUCCGCCGAUCGCAUCUCGACUACCUGACUGCACCGUCGGCCGCGGAUCCGCCUCACCGUCGACGCAAUCCAGGAAUUGACUAUUUCUCCGAUAAUAUCUGCGAGGAUCAUCUAAUUGGGGAUCUGCUGUGGAAGAGUCGGGUGCGCGAGGAGAAAGAGCUAGGAGAGCGGUGGGGCAAGCAUGCGAUGGUGUUUGGCGACCUCGCCUUCCAGCCGGUUGCCAACAUGAGCGUGCAGUCAUAUGUGGCACGCCGGGUGCGGUGGUUACGAGUCCGCAAGUUCACCGUGCUGCUGGCGACGCUGGUCGAGCCCGGUACGGAGUCGAUCGUGUGCUCGUGCUACGGGGCAUGGGGCGUCACAACGGCGCUGGCUCAGUUGCUGGCGAAGAAGGGGUAUGGGUUUGCGGAGAUACUGUCUACCUGGACUGCCUUCUGGACGUUCUUCGGUUUGAGUAUGGCCGGCUGGAUCCUGGUGGACUGGAUGGUCUAUAUCAUGCUGCAUUCGGGCCAGACCGUCGAGCUCGACGACGAUACCCCGUUCUUCGCACGCCCUCCAACCCGAAGUGUCACUCGCCGCCCUUUCCUGCAUUGGCUUGCCGCUUGGCUGGGUCGUGAAAUGUUGGCUUUGCCUAUCUGGGUCUGGGCUUUUUACGGCGGAGUCACCGUGACCUGGCGAGACCGCCGGUUCCGAGUUGGCCUUGACAUGAAGGUGCGCGAGAUUGUUGAUGGUGGGAACAUGGCGAGCACGAUCCCAGGUCUUUCGUCGUCACGGUCCAGUGCGCUGGGCUCCUCGCAGGAUCGAAACAAGGCACGACGAGAUUGACGGAUGACCAUCUGAACACCAGACAUGAUUGCGCACAUUCCUGCCUACCUACCCGCCUACCUACCUAUCUCGAUGGUAUUGAAGAUCACCUCCCUAAGACGAUAGACCAGACAAAAAUGCUUCCGAAUCAUAUUAUAGACAGCGUGACGAAUGAACAUAGUUCCCGUCUUGU